GUGUCAAAUGUGUCGGGUUUCUUCUAGCCUGUUUUCCAGCAAAGUCUCUGUACUGUUCUUGAGCGUUGAGAUGGGAAGUGGAGCGUCCGCCACCACCACCGAGGGAUCCCGGGUGGACGUUGAGCGGCCCGACCUGGUGCAGACCCCCACUCCUGUGGUCAGGACCCCCACCCCUGUGGUCCGGACGCCCACCCCUGUAGUCAGAACACCCACUCCUGCGGUCCUGAGUGGAGAAACAUUGCUGGUGGACGAUGAACAUCAAGCGGUGGACGUCCUGUCUGUCACCAGUGACCAGAAUCAUUCAAAAGAGGAGGACGAAGAAGAUGAGGUGUCAAGUGAUGUCAAUCCACUCGUGACCGAAGUGUCUGGUGAGGGAGAGGAAGUGUCUGUGAACUUUGAGAGUUUUCUUCACAACAAUGGAACUUUGUACAGCUGCUUUGAGCACCUCGGGAAUAGAGUGUACGUGGACGAAGCGCAGAAGCUGCAGCCUUUCCCCAAGGAAUGGUACGACAUGGGACGCUUCAUCAACCCAAACCAGGAGGUCUCCGCCCAGCCACCGGUCGCCAACGUCCAGCCAGUGGCGGCAGUGGGCGAGGACGACCGCACAGGCAGCAUCUUCAUCCCAGGAAAAGGAAGUGUGAUGACGUAUAUGUUUGAGGAGAGAGUGAACGUGUGCCGGUUUUGGGAUCCUCAUUCGGGCGUGUGGCUGUUGCUCCCUCUCCAGUGGGAGAUGAAUGUGGACUUUGUGCAAAGCAGAGUCCACAGAGUCAUGUCGGUUCUGCCAGGCCUGCAGGACCAGAAGGAAAUUACGGCAGCACUGCGACUUUGUAACUAUGAUAGCGAGGAAGUCAUCUCUGCCUACCUCACAAUGUUUGGAGAGGUCCUCCUGCAUGCUAAUGCCAGUGGAGAUCCAGGAUACAGUGACCUUAACUCAUUCAGAGCUCUUCUGGAGCGUGAUCGUCUUAUUGAGGAUCUGAGGCAGCAGCUUGAAUCCAAACAGAGAGAGACGGAUGAGCAUCUCCACAGGAACAAGUUCCUGGUCAGGGAGACUCGCCAUCUUGGCGAGAUUGUGCAAAACCUCAACCGCAAGACGGCCGAGCUCGAGGCUGACCGGCAGGAGAUCCAGGAAAAGAUCCGGUCCCUGCAGAGUCGUCAAACACCCGUGUCGUCCGCCAGGAAUUCCACUGCCUCCAGGCCCGCUAUAGAUCCAAAUAGGCUGCGCCAGGCCAGCGGACUAGCCCGAGAACUCAAGGUGUCUGCCAAACAGCUGAGGUCUUGGCUCUUCCUGACAUUGAGUGACUUGAAGAACGUCCUGACCCAGACGGAGGACGUCUUGAAGAAGAUGGUUGAAGCCCAGCGGCAAGCAGACGGCGAGGCGCAGACGCUGCGCUCGCUUUAUCAGAAGGAGGUGCUAGAGAGACGAGCUUUGUACAACAAGCUCCUCGAGCUGCAAGGGAAUGUCAGAGUCUUCUGCAGGUGCAGGAACGUCUCCAGACCAGGAAGCUCCUCGUGUCUGGACCAGUACGACCAGCAGGAAGUCACGCUAAUACACAAGAACACCAGGAAGAAGUUCUUUUUUGACAAGGUCUACGCACCCACCAGCACACAGGAGGAGGUUUUUGCCGGAACCCUGCCGCUUAUCACUUCUUGUGCAGACGGCUACAACGUAUGCAUCCUGGCAUAUGGGCAGACGGGCUCGGGAAAGACCUUCACGAUGAUGGGCACCAAGGACAAGCCCGGAGUUAACAUCAGGUCCAUACGUGAACUUCUCCAUGUGUGUUCACUCAAAGAAAAAGUGUCUUAUGUUCUCAAGAUUUCCAUGUUGGAGAUUUAUAAUGACACACUCAACGACCUGCUAGCGAAAAAUCCCACCGCUUCCUCCACUCUGGACAUCCGCGUGCAGGGAAAGUUUGUGUCUGUGCCAGGACUGACACAUGUGGAGGUUCGGACCGAGGACGAUAUCAUCAACGUAAUGGAGACUGGAGAAAAGAACAGGAAGAUGGGCGCCACCAAGAUGAACAUACACAGUUCUCGCUCACACCUGCUGGUGGCGCUGGAGGUGUGUGGCAGUGAUUCAUUGUCCGGAGAGAAUACACGGGGCACAUUGACCUUAGGCGACCUGGCCGGGUCCGAGCGCAUCUCCAGGACAGAGGCCGAAGGCCAGCGGCUGGUUGAGGCUGCCGCCAUCAAUAAGUCACUGACCGCGUUGGGACAAGUGUUUGCGGCUCUGAAGUGUAAUGCCCUUCACGUGCCCUUCAGGAACUGUAAACUGACUCACCUUCUGCAGCCCAGCCUCAGCGGAGACGCCAAGUGCUGCGUAUUCAUCAACGUGAGUCCGGAUUCCAAGGACGAGGGAGAGACGCUCAGCACGCUCCAGUUUGGCUCGUCCAUUCGUCACGUGGCGCUGGGAAAAGCCACCAAGAACAUCACGCCGGCAAAAGGCAACAAGACUUUAAAAUAGGUGAAAUCAUGACAAGCAACAUGUUCAUUUACACACAGAAUACAUUUUAGUCAUGAAGGUCACCAACUGAUGUCCACUUUUAAGAUUUUUGUUCUUCACAUUGAGGUUCUCUUAGUUAUUUCACCUAUUUAUAAUUAUCUUUUUAAGUCGACAGAGAAUCAUUAAACAGGCUAAAGCCCUCUGCUCUUUAUUGAAAUGACUGAAAUUGGUGAUUUUAAAAUAUAUCUACAUUUAUUGAUUUGAAAAAUGUAAACAAUUUGAGUGCAUGAUUAUCAACAAUACUACACAGAUAUUAUACAUUUGUUCAUAUUUUUAAAAUCUUCCUGAGUGUCUUGACAUAUCUUUGUCUUUGGUCACAAUACCCCAAAAGACAAAUGGUUCAAGACAUAUUUCUUGCUGUGGUGAAAUCGGCUCGUUUUCAGAGCAAAUCUGUACGGCAAUGGGCGGCCCUCCAAAACUGGUUAAAAGAUAAGAAAAAAGGAAACUUGUCAGGGAGUGUUUCCCUGUGGGGAGCACAUCUCGUCAAGUGCUGCCACAGUAAAUUUUUUUUUGCAUAGUUUUUACUCCUGAUACAUCCUACUCAUUUCUAUCCAAGAUUUGUACCAAUAGUGGCUGAAAUUUGGAAUCUAGCAUACCCACGAAGAUGUUGUCAUUCACGACUGGGAUGUGAAUCCUCGUCCCCUGUAUCAAUUACAGCAAUUCAUUAAAUACAUGUUGCAAAAGAAAGAGGUGGUAAAAAAUGACGUAUUUACUGAUUUCUCCAGAA